AUGGUGUUUGAAAGUCUGGUGGCUGAUCUUGUCAACAGGUUUCUUGGAGAUUUCAUUGAAAAUUUGGAUAAAUCUCAGUUAUCUAUCGGCAUUUGGGGAGGUGAUGUGCAGUUGAACAAUCUUUAUGUCAAAGAAAAUCUCUUUGAUGAUUUGGACCUUCCAAUCAGAGUUGUGUAUGGCAAUAUUGGUCAGUUAAAGCUGAAGAUACCGUGGAAGAACUUGUACACGGAGCCAACAAUUGCUCUGUUGGAUGGUCUCUACAUUAUUGCUGUACCCAACUCAAGCAUUGCAUACGAUGAAGCCAAGGAGCAGAAAGCAAUGUGGGAGGCGAAGCAGAAGGAACUCAAUAAAAUUGAAGAGGCCAAAAAAAUUGAAGCUGAAAAAUAUCAGCCAAAAGACCCGAAAAAAGACACAUUCGCGGAAAAGUUGACGGCAAAUGUGAUUAAAAAUCUGGAGGUGAAGGUGACGAACAUACACGUUAGGUAUGAGGACGCCUUCACCAAUCCCAAGUAUCCAUUCUCUAUCGGGGUGACCUUAAAAGAAGUUUCGUGUCAGACAACUGAUGAAAACUGGAAUGUGAUGACCAUUAAAGAAAAUGCCAGCACCAUACACAAGCUAUUGAAGUUGGACAGUUUCAGUUUGUAUUGGAAUCUGGUACCAACCAGUUACAGAAACCAGGACAGAUCAAACAUAAUGACGACGUUGAAGAACAACAUUGCUGUCACCACCACCAACAACAACAACAGCAUCAACAACAACAGUUAUGACAUCAACAGCAUUGUCGAGCCGCUGACGUCAAUAGCAAAGCUAAAAAUGAAUCCGAAACCGGAACAAGAUGGCUUCCAGUUACCAAAGAUCAUAUUUAGUGUCGUUUUUGAGGAAAUUUGUAUUGCUCUGCAAAAGAUGCAGUACCAAACGAUGUUGGAGUACUUGGACUCCUUCGAGAGGCUGACACUGUCCUCCAAGUACAGAAAGUAUAGACCCAUCGUUCCCAGGAGAAACAAUGCUAAGAUAUGGUGGAAGUUCGCGAUGGACUGCGUGAUGAAUGAGUUGGUUCGUAGGAGGAGGAGGAUGUGGUCCUGGCAAGUUCUCAAAGGUCAUAGGUCAGUUGGCUGUCUCUCUUCUUUUUUUUAUCUGUGUUUGUUUGUCCUUUCGUUCGUUUGUUCGUUUGUUUGUUCGUUCGUACCCUUGUUUGCUCAUAUUUGUUCGUUUGUUCAUUUAUUUAUUCGUUUAUACAUUUAUUUUAUUGAUUCAUUUAUUAAUUCAUUUUUUCAUUCAUUCAUACUCAUUCCUUCAUUCAUUCGUUCGUUCGUUUGCUCAUUCAUCCACAGAGAGUUAUGCAGGCAAUAUAAGAAGUUGUACAAGCAGAAGCUAUCAACCAAUAAACCGUCCGCAGAAUUGCUAAAAGAAAUUGAGGUACCAUAA